CACACACACACAGGCACACAGUGGAAAAUGGCGCACAGCUGUCGGUGGCGGUUCCCCGCUCGGCCCGGAGGGAGCAGCAACUCCGGCACCGGGAGGAGAGCGGGCCGGAUAAGGGUCACCGCCUCUCUGCGGAGCGUCCCGGGAACCCACCCGUACGCCGCCGGACUCGGACCCGGGUUUGACGCUGCACUCCAGGUCGCGUCGGUCAUCGGGAGCAACCUGCAGACAUUUCGGGAUGUUUUGGGGGAAGCGAGUGAUUCGAGCAGCGCGGAGGAUGAAGCAUUUGGAGGAUUUGGAACCAGCACUGAGCAGAAAAGAAUACCAAGUCCAUCAACAACCACUUCAGCUGGCCCGCCCAUACAGGAAAAGAAGCCAAGAGGGCGUCCGCCACGUGCCCUGACUGCCCAAAAAGCUGCUGCUGCUGGUCAACGUUCGCCUCCUUCCCUCAUCUCCACUACACAGGCCAAACCUGAAGGCCCUGAAAGGCCAGCUGAGAAGGUAAAAAGACUGCCUGGGAGGCCACCCGGCUCCGGCGAAAAGCGAAGAGGCCGUCCCCCGUCCUCAAAUUCUAAGAAAGCUUGGAGUACAGGCAACCAUGCAGCAGCCGAGGACAGCAGGCAGGCCGGGUCUGAGUCGGGCAUGGACACAGAGGAGGACACAGACAGAAGAGGUGCAAAGAGAUCACCGCUGGGGUCUGCUCAGCCGCACAAUGCCAGUCUGCCUAAAGGUGGGCGGGGCGAAUCCAAAGUUUCCAACUUGAAACGAGCAACUACGCUGACAUCAUUCAAGUCGCGCCUCAAGGCGUUGCCCGGUGUUCCUCGGCGCAGGCGUGGACGCCCGCCGUCAGCAGAACGCCUCAAAGCUGAGGCAGCGGCUAAGCUGUCUUCCUCUACAAAAUGUGGGGAAGGAAAACAAAAAACCUUCAAGGGAGGGGACAGAGGAGUAGACGCACAAACUCCUCAACAGACCAUGCUGAGCCACGGCAAUGCAGCAGGAGACCAAAACUCUUCCAAUGCUCCCGCCUCGCCAUCUCACUCCAAGCCAGACCGGACUGUGGGACUCCGAAAAAGCCCCCGUCACAGGAAGCCAGUUAGGAUUGUUCCACCGUCGAAGCGCACAGAUGCGACCAUUGCAAAGCAGCUGCUGCAGCGGGCCAAGAAAGGAGCACAGAAGCGCCUUGAGAAAGAAUCUGUGGCCAGCGGAAGAAGCACCUUUGAGACUGGCAUUAGGAAGACGCAGCUCAAGAACAUCAGGCAGUUCAUCAUGCCGGUGGUCAGCACCGUUUCCCUUCGCAUCAUCAAAACCCCGAAGCGCUUCAUUGAAGAGGAGGGCAGCUUUGUAUCACCUCCACCCCACAUGAAAAUCGCACGGUUAGAAGCGGCCAACUCAUCUGUCGCCACGUCCACACAUGCCACCUCAACCGCCGCUUCCUCCCCCAUGCCGGCGAUAGUCUCCUCAACAGUGACCACCACCAGCACUGGUACUACUGCUCCCAUUGAGUCCCUCCCGCCUCCACCACCUCCAGCUCCUGCCCCUACUCCUCCAUCAACAGCUGACAGUCUACUCAAUAGCAAUACCGACAAUGCGGCCAAUGGUCGUUUCAGCAGUAGCGCUGCGUCUUGCGGCUCAAGCGCUGUGUCCCAGCAUUCCUCUCAGCUUUCCUCUGCAGAGUCUUCCAGAUCCAGCAGCCCCACUCUGGACGACUCCUCCUGCGAUUCUCAGGCUUCAGAAGCCACGCAAGCUUUGUCGGAGCCUGAGGAGCACUCUCCAUCCUCGCAGGGAAAACGAGAGACCAAUCUGCUACACAGCUCCCGGCCGCCCUCGCCUCCCCCAGAACCGGAACGUGUUGUAUCUGAGAGGAGUCGCCGUGGUCGCAGAGGACAAGGGGUUAGUCGGGGUAAUCAGGGCCAGACUGUACGGGAGAAACUCACUGCCGGGGCCAAAAAGCCAAUCAUCAGCCCUCCCACGGGGGUGCUCAUGUCGUCCUCACUUCUAAACUCCCAACAAGUGUCGUCCACGGCGUCUUCUUCUUCCUCGCCCCCACCUCCUCCUCUCCUCACACCACCACAGCCUCCCCAGUCAACCUCCGCUAGUGCUGCUAUCAGCGAGCACCACUCCCAGUCACCCUGGUUGCCACACCCCAUCCCUCCAUUUAUGUCUGGCUCGUCAGUACUGUCUAGCUUGUCGGACAAACGCAGCCGCUCCAUUCUGAGAGAGCCCACCUUUCGCUGGACAUCCCUGUCCCACCCUGAAUACCAGUACUUCUCGUCUGCCAAGUACGCCAAAGAAGGCCUCAUUCGAAAACCCAUCUUUGACAACUUCCGUCCUCCCCCGCUCACCGCUCAGGAUGUAGGCCUGCUGCCGCAAAGUGUCAGUGGAGCAGGGGGCGCUGCUUCGGGCUCCUUCCCCACGCAAGGUGGCGGCUCAGGAACAGGGAACCGCCUGUUCGCGCCUCUUCACACUCACAGCCACCACCAGCACCCCUCUUCGUCUCGCUUUGAUUCUCCACUCCAGAAGCGUAGCCCGCUGUUGCGCGCGCCUCGCUUUACGCCCAGUGAAGCCCACUCUAGGAUAUUUGAAUCCGUUACACUGCACUCGUCGUCUGGCAGCAGCCCCGGCUCGCUCUCCCCGCACCAGAAGUCGUCCGGCUCCGGUCGUAGCUCUCGACGUAGGAGGAGACUCAUCCCGGGAUUGUUACGCAGCCAGACGCGGUCUCCUUCCCACUCUAUGACCAGGCGCAGCAGCCAAAUAGGGGGACAUACAUCAGUAGGGAGACGCUCCACUGAGAUGUCUGCUUUGUCGGACUCUGCCUCCAGUAGUAACGCCAGCUCCUUGCCAGGGGGCUCCUCUACUAGUGCCUUAAGUCCUGCUCCUUUCGGCAACUUCUCCAUUUCCAAGGGUCUGAGCUCACAGGCUAUACCUGACAGCAGGAGAGGAUCAGCUGGAAACCCACCGCCUCCUUUGACAACAUCAUCCUCCUCUUCGCCAAUUUUCCCUCUUUUUUCAUCCAGUGCCCAUGACUCAGGGCGAGCAGCUGGUAAAGGAAGUAAAGAGAAAAGCUUGUCCGCUCCGCAGGAGCCUUCUCCAAAGGACAAAGAUGCUGAGAAAAACAGGGAGAAGGAAAAUAAGAAGGACGGGAGAAAGGAUGUGGAGAAAAGGUGUAAGGUUACUACUCCAGAUGGCUCCCCCAAUGCGUCCUCCAGCCUCUUUGUUGAUGGGAGGGACUCGGAAGAUGCUCUUUUAUCUCUCGCUCCUAAAAAGUUUCCAGGGAGAAAAAAAUCAAUGUCAGUUGAUACGGUUACAGACACUCCAUCCUGUGAGGUGCGCAGUCUCCAUGCUGUCGUUCCCAAUUCCAUUGCAAAGAGCCGCGUGCCCAAGAAAGGUAGGCCCAGCGACAAGGGAGCAGAUGAGGAUGAUGGGGAAAAGGAGAAAGAGAAGCAAAGUGCUUCCAGCCAACAGGUGACCAGCUUCAUUGGGCAGCCGGGCAAACAACAGCUACCGGUCUCCUCGCUCGGAUCAGUGUUGGAACAAGCAGAGAAGCAACCUGCGACUGACAAGCGGGUAGUUGGACUGCUAAGAAAGGCCAAAGCCCAGCUCAUUGAAAUAAAGAAGAACAAGCUGAAGUCUGCAGACCAAACAAAGAUCCAGGGUCAGGAGAGCGAUUCCUCAGAGGCCUCAGUACGUGGGCCACGCAUCAAGCAUGUUUGCCGCCGGGCAGCUGUGGCGCUCGGCCGCAAUCGCGCCGUGUUCCCCGACGACAUGCCCACACUUAGUGCCUUGCCAUGGGAGGAGAGGGAGAAGAUCCUGUCUUCCAUGGGGAAUGACGACAAGUCCUCGGUCGCAGGCUCAGAGGAGGCCGAGCCCCAGUCGCCUCCCAUAAAGCCACGGGAGACGCGGCAAAAAGCUGUCCUAGAAGCUCCUCCUAAAAAGGGUCGACGAUCGCGGCGCUGUGGCCAGUGUUCAGGCUGCCAGGUUCCUGAAGAUUGUGGCGUCUGUACCAACUGUCUUGACAAGCCCAAAUUUGGUGGGCGGAACAUUAAAAAACAGUGCUGCAAGAUGAGGAAGUGUCAGAACUUGCAGUGGAUGCCCUCAAAGAUGUUUCUUCAGAAGCAAUGCAAAGGCAAGAAGGACAAGAAAAAGAACAGGUUGGCUGAGAAAAAAGAGGGUCUUAAUCCAGUUAAAGGACAAAAUUCGGAGCCUGCAGGCGCCAAAGCUAGUAUUGCACCACCUAAGGACGACGCUCUUCACAAAAGGAGCGAAACUCCUCCUUCCAAGCUGGUAGAGGAAAAAUCCAAACAGCCAUCCUCACCAGCUCCGUCUUCGUCCCCCUCCCCGGAUCAAUCCCCACAAACCACUAGCACGUACACUGCCCCGGACCAAUCUCCAGACCCCAAACAGCUCUCUGUCUCAGAGGGCGCCACUAGCGAGAAGGGGCAAAAAGAGCAGAAGCCGGCCUCCUCAUCCACGUCCUCAUCUUCUUCCUCGUCGCCCUCGUCGUCCAGCUCAACAUCGUCUUCAUCAUCCUCUUCUUCCUCCACUUCGUCUUCGCCCCAGAAUUCCCCCGCACCUUCGCCGUCAGAUCCUCAAUCUUCGCAACAGGAGCCGCCGAGCAGUCAGGCACCCUCAAAGAAAGACGCCUCCCCCAAGAUUCCUUUGAGCGAGCCCAAGAAGACCCAGGAGCCAUUACCACAAAGCUCAACAUCAUCAUCAGACACAGUUGACCCAAAGCAAUUGAAGAAGCCAACUUCUCACUCCCUCCUUCCAUCUUCUAAGCAGAAACCAAAAGAAAAGACGCUGACCACGAAACCCCCCGGCAGCUGUACUUUAAACUGGCUGGGCACUCCCUCGACAAGGGGCCAGGAGAAGUCAACGGCGCCCUGCGACGGAGUGCAUCGAAUCAGAGUGGAUUUCAAGAGGGACCCUGAUGUGGAGAAGGUGUGGGAGGCUGGCGGCCUCAGCCUGCUCACUUCUGUGCCUGUCACGCCCAGGCUGCUCUGCUUCUUAUGUGCAAGCAGUGGAAAUGUGGAGUUUGUUUUCUGCCAGGUGUGCUGUGAACCUUUCCAUCUCUUCUGCUUGGGGGAGUCGGAGCGUCCUCUCCAGGAGCAUUUUGAAAACUGGUGUUGUCGCCGAUGCCGCUUCUGCCAGGCCUGCGGGCGCCAGCAUCAGAAAACUAAACAACAGCUGCUGGAAUGUGAUAAGUGCCGUAACAGCUAUCACCCGGAGUGCCUGGGUCCCAACCACCCUGCGAGACCCACCAAAAAGAAGAGAGUCUGGAUUUGCACCAAGUGUGUGCGCUGUAAGCGUUGCGGAGCCACCAAACCUGGAAAGUCCUGGGAUGCCCAGUGGUCACAUGACUUCUCCAUGUGUCACGACUGUGCCAAACUCUUUGCUAAAGGGAACCCGUGCCCGCUUUGCAAUAAGUGCUAUGACGACGACAACUGCGAGAGCAAGACCAUGCAGUGCGGACGCUGCAACCGCUGGGUCCAUGCCAAGUGUGAGAGUCUGACAGAUGAAAUGUACGAGCUGCUGUCCAAGCUGUCUGACAGCGUUGCCUACACGUGUGUCAAAUGUACGGAGCGCCAGCCGGCUGAGUGGCGGACGGCGCUGGAUGAGGAGCUCAAGGGCUGCAUUCGCCACGUCCUCACGGCGCUGCUCAACUCGCGGACCUCGGCGCACCUGCUACGCUACAGACAGGCAGGGAAACCUCCGGAGCUAAACCCAGAGACCGAAGAGAGUCUUCCAUCUCGUCGCUCGCCCGAGGGCCCUGACCCUCCUGUUCUGACUGAAGUCACACCUUCUGCUGCAAGGGAAUAUCCUGCGGACCUGGAGUCUGUGGUGAAAAAGAUGGAUCAGGGUCGCUACAAGUCUGUGCUGGACUUCAGCGACGACAUUGCACGAAUCAUUCAGACAGCCAUUAACAGUGAUGGUGGUCAGCCUGAGAGCAGGAGGGCUAACAGCAUGGUCAAGUCUUACUUCAUCCGGCAAAUGGACCGAAUCUUUCCCUGGUUCAAAGUGAAAGAGUCGCGUGUCUGGGAACAAACAAAAGUCUGCGCCAACAGUGGUCUCCUCCCCAAUGCUGUUUUGCCCCCGUCUUUGGACCACAACUACGCUCAGUGGCAGGAGAGACAGGGACUGUCCCGCUCUGAGCACCCGCACCUCAUCAAGAACAUCAUUCCAGCUCCCUGCCCCAAGACCCCCUGUGAACCAGACUCGCGAGCCACCACUCCUCAACGCCCUCCGUCUUUACCACCGCCACCUCCACUCAUACCAGAUUGUGAAGACAUCCCAGAGCGUCCUCCUCCACCAGGCCUGAGUGAUAACAGGCAAUGUGCACUGUGCCUAAAGUACGGAGACGAGAACACACAUAAGGGGGGCAGGUUGCUGUACAUGGGUCAGAACGAGUGGACGCACGUCAACUGUGCGCUGUGGUCAGCUGAGGUGUUUGAGGACGACUACGGCUCGCUGAAAAAUGUACACACGGCGGUUCUCAGGGGGAAAAAGUUGCGCUGUGAGACGUGUCAACAGCUGGGAGCCACAGUGGGUUGCUGCUUCGCAUCUUGCACCAGCAACUACCACUUCAUGUGUGCCCGCCAAAGCCACUGCGUCUUUCUGGAGGACAAGAAGGUCUACUGUCCUAAGCAUAAGGAACUCAUUAAAGGAGAAGUAGUGUCUGGCUUUGAGGUGGCUCGCAGGGUACUAGUUGACCUAGAGGGGAUGAGUGUGAAGAGGAAAUGGUUGUCAGGACUGGAGCCAGAAAAUGUCCACAUGAUGAUAGGCUCCAUGGCCAUUGACUGUUUGGGUAUACUGACUGAACUUUCAGACUGCGAACGCCAACUGUUUCCCGUUGGAUACCAGUGUUCGAGGGUAUAUUGGAGUACCUUGGAUGCUCGAAAGCGCUGCGUGUACACUUGUAGGAUCCUGGUGUGUCACCCUCCUGUGGGAGAGGCUGCACUGAAGAGCAUGGUGGCUUCUGAGGAGAAUCACACAAUCGCACACAGCCCACCUCCCAUACAAGACUUUCCUGAUCCCUUUGAGUCACCAAGGCGCUCCGAAACGCUUUCCCCUGCAAACACCCCCAAGCUUAGGGUCUACACCAGGAACCGACAGCCCAGCUACCCACCUGCCACCCAAAGUUUGCAAGGCCAUAGUCCAAUACCAUCUCCAGGAGGUUCCUCUCAGCCCCAAAGUCAAGUCCUGGCCGCAGGAGAGUCACCAUUGGACCCUCGGAAUGUUGAUUCACGGCACCACAACUCCCCUACUCUCCCCCUUCUUCCGCAGCAUCUGCACAAGGAGAGGCGGAUAAAAUCACUCCCUCAGAUUUUGCCACGGCCCCUUACUUCACCGCCUCCGCUUAUCUCCUCACCCAUCAGAGACCCUGAAAAGGCUAAACACUUUGUCAAGAACGACAAAAGGUGCAGACUGUUGACGGCAGACAGGAAUAAACAACAAGGAUCCAGGAAAGCGGACAAGGUUAAGACGUUGAGUCGAGAUCAGUCGGACUUAAGUGAAUCAACAGCCAAAGAGCAAGAAAAAUGGAGACCAGGCAUAAAAGAAUCGGAGAGAGGCAUAACUCUGGGAAAAGACUCAUUGGGAGAUUCAGAGAAGGGGCGACAAUUAAACCAAGACUCUGAAAAAGGAAGACCGGUCAGCAGAGACGCAGAUAGGAGCAAAUUAUCCUUAAGAGAUUCCAACAUGAAGGAUGUCGAAAAAGCAAGAUCUGUCAGCAAGGAUUCUGAGAAACAUCGACUACUGAAUAAGGAAUCAGGAAAAGACAGACCAUCCAGCAGAGACUCUGAAAAGUCCAGACCUCCCUCAAGGGACUCCAGUCUUAGAAGCACCGAGAGAAAUAAAGACUUAGGGAAAGAGAUUGGCCCUGGCAACCAGUCUAAGCAGAGUGCAAGCGAGAGUAAGAACGUCAGGCAGCCACCUGCUGGCUCGGGACAAUCCUCUCCUCCUGUGGGCACCGCUGUACUCUCCAGUCAGCAAAGAAGCGGCAGCACCAAGCAGGCCGACCGGCACAGCAAACCUGGAGGCAAAGAGCAGAAUGUCUCUGAAAGCCCCAGUGCUCACAAGUCCACCUCUAACGUCAAGACCAGCUCAGAGAAAGAGAGCAUUGGAAGCUUAGCGCCAUCUUCACUCUUCAAUGACUCCCAUGUAGGGAAAUCCAGCUUCCCGACUGCUACGUGGAAAUCAAAUGAUUAUUCAUCAGGUCCAGCUGCAGGAGCGGCCAUGAAACCUCUUUGGUCAUCCAGGACAGCAGCAGAUGAUGACCUGGUCAAACCAAGCUCCAUACACCUGGCCUCAGCUGCCAAAAACAAGCUUUCCAAAGUCAAGGCAGGAGGCAACAGAGACGUGUCCAAAGGUCGGGAGAAAGGUCUCCAAAACAGCAAAUCCCCGCUCUUAAACAAUAACGCUAAAGCUCCUGGCACAACAAAUCACAACAACAGCAAUAGUAAAAUUCCGAUGCUUGCAAGCGGCACUAAAAGUAAUUGCAAGGCUCAGGGGGAGAUGCCGGAAAACCUGGGAUCUAACAGGUUGUUUUCAAAAGGCAGAGACAUUUUCAGCUCCAGUGUGGACAACUUCCAAGGGAUAAAGACAUCCUCCCAGUUCCACGUCAAACCAACUAUGAAGCAGCUGGUGUUGUCUAACAGAGAAAAGAAGAAAUCUGUAAAAACCUCCAAUGCACCACUGAAGCCCAACAUGAAGAGCGACCCUAACGGCACCGGCGGCAUGGAUGGUAUUUCUUCCUCCUGUCCCACCACAACUACCUCUUUGGCUUCUCCUGCUGAACAGGAGGCCCGGUUCUGUGCCCGCUCUGCUCUCUUCUCCUCACCCUCUGCCAGCAGCAGCGACAGCUCCGAGUCUGAUCUCCAAACUCAAACAGAGGAGGAGGACCAUAAACAUCACCCCCGCGGCGAACUCCGAGACCACCGCGGACUCCUUGCUCAAGGCACUGAAGAUGAGGCAGACGGCCCCGAUGAUUACCACCACAGAAGUAUGGACGACGCGCAUCACGAGGACGACAGCGACGGCUCGGGGUCGGCCAAGCGUCGUUACCCUCGACGCAGUGCUCGCGCACGCUCCAACAUGUUCUUUGGACUUACGCCCUUCUACGGGGUCCGCUCUUAUGGGGAGGAGGACCUUCCUUUCUAUGGCAGCGGGGAUGCAUCCGGCACCAUGAUUAAGAGGAGGACUGGCAAAAAGUCAGCUGAGGGGCAGGUGGACGGCGCGGACGACAUGAGCACAUCCUCUUCAUCGGGGGACAGUGGAGACGAAGACGACGGGUGUAUGAGCCAGAGAGUCAAGGACCCUUAUUACUAUAACUUCACACGGACAAUAAUCAACCCGGGAGAGGGCCUGCCAUCUAUAGAAGGACUGGAUCAGUGUCUGGGACGUGGCUCGCAGCUGCAGCGCUUUCUGAAAGAUGAAGAACAGCAGCAGCAGAGGGUGCAAGGGAAAAAUGACGAGGACUUGCUCAAUGCGCUGACUUUAGGCAAGCAGCACAUCGGUCAGCUUGACGGCAAUGACGAUGGCUCAGAGAGCGACACGAGCGUCUGCACCACCAGCACAACGACCCCCACUACAACCACCGCGUCUUCCACACCGCACAAGACCACUCCGAGGAGAAGGGCCAGAGACCGGCACCAGGAGAAACUAGACCCCCACGAGUCGACCAAGGAGGCGCACACCAGCAGCGGAGCGGGAAACACUCGAGAAGGCCGAAAGAACCAGAAAGAGAACUGUCUGGCUUUAGGCGGCGGGGUCAAGUCACAGGAUCCUCUGGAAGCCCAGCUUUCCCUCAGCACGGAUUUACUUAAGUCGGACUCUGACAACAACAACAGUGAUGACUGCGGCAACAUCUUGCCGUCAGACAUCAUGGAGUUUGUCCUCAACACACCUUCCAUGUCCAUGCCGGCUCUUGGUCAACAGCCUGAGUCUUCCUCUUCUGAGCUGCUGCUGGAUGAGAGCUAUGUUGGGGUGGACGUCAACAGACGUAAAGACAUCCUCUUUGAAGACUUUUCCCACCCUCUUCCAAGCGCUGAGACUGGAGGAGUAGGGGAGAGCAGUGUGAAUAGUUCCAUAUCUGUAGAGGAGCCCUACCUUCCGCUUGAGCUGCCCUCUGACCUCUCAGUCCUUACCACACGCAGCCCUACUGUGAGCUCCAAUCAGAACCUCAUCUCAGAUACCUCAGACCGCACCAUGUUGAGCUUGACCUCUGACCCAGAAACAAUGAGCGGAGAGAAGAGUGAGGACAAGAAAAGAGCGGGGCCAGAAGCUUCCCCCUCAGAGAACCAACAUGAUGCUUCGACUUUGGCAAACAGGGAUACGCAAGUCAGUGACGGUCACAUGACCCCUGAGCAGUUUAUUCCUAGCCCUGCCAUCGGUCAAGGGGUUGAAACUCCAGUUAGUCAGGAAGUUUCUAGGAAUCCUGCUACUCCAGGUUUGCCGAGCUCUCCUGCCCUGCCUCUUCAGGGUCAAAAGUUUCUCUCUACCUCGGCUGCAGCAGCAGGCAGCCCCAGCCCUGUACCUGGUACAGGACUGUCCCACGCUCAAGUCUCCACCCCAACUGUCAUUAAACCGGGCCCUGAUAAACUCAUCGUUGUUAACCAACAGUUUCAACCUCUAUACGUCCUCCAGACUGUCCCGAAUGGGGUGACCCAAAAAAUAACUGCCACCGGAGUGAUGGACGCAAGCUCUCAAGCGGUCCUAAGCUCCAUGACACUUGCCACAGCCUUGAAUACGUCCCAGCCUAUAUUUACUGCAGGUGGCAAAGUCUUAGGUACCAUGUCUCACUCCUCUCAGAUCCACACGUUCAGAGGAGCAGCCCAGACCGGUUUCCAGACUGGAAUCCCCAGCACCACUUCAGGUCUUCUCAUCGGGUUGCCCUCUCAAGCUCACGACCAGCCUCAGAUCCUGGUCUCUGAGGCUGGUCGGCCACACGAGUUGGGUCACAGCGUUGCCAUAGUCUCCAGCCCCUCUUCUCUCACUGCAGUCCCAACCGUCCUGUCCUCCGCUCACGGAAAAAAGAGGCCCAUUUCUCGCCUUCUGCCGAAAAAGCCCAAAAGGUUGGCCCGCUCUCGCAGUCAGCCCACCCUGGCCCCUGAUGUCGGUCCUCCUAACAUGACCCUCAUCAACCUCUCAUCCCCUCAGAUUACUGCUAGCAUCAGCGGCUCCCAGCGUAAGGUUCCCAAUAUUAUCAAGAGACCCAAAUCAGGUGGUGUUAUGUACUUGGAUCCUGCUACACUCCUUCAGCAGAGGAUUUCUACUCAGGCUGGCAUGCUGGAGUCCUCCACUCACAUCUUACCUUGCACCGCUACUGGUCUCAACCCGAGUCAAUCCGUUUUGAACGUUGUGCCAGUGUCCCCUGGCGGUGCAGCCGGCCUGCUGGCGCCCGGGUCCGUGUCCCUCACAACGCCUGUCUUUAGCUCUGCUGAACUCACAGGGUCAAUCAGCAACCUCUUGUUUACUGCUAGCCCACACAGAUUGGGCCUCUCCGAUCAGCCAAUGGUCCUUCAGUCUUCAGGAGCGGCUCCGCUGAUGUCCCAACUCGGCUCCCAAGUUCAGACCUCCAUAGCCGGUGGCAUCUGUGUCCUGCCUCACCAACAGUCCAUCAGCGUGGCUGUCAACCAGCAAGGAGAGACAGACGUCAGCACUGUGCACUUACAGCAACACAACUUUUCCAGGGCCCAGACCGUGGAGUCCAGUCCGAGCACCCCCGUCACGAUAGCACCGGCUUUGAGCCCGGCUAAGGGCCACGUUGUCGGGGUGUUUAACCAGACCUUGCACUCCCAGAGUAGCAGAACCACUCCCAUUUACCUCUCCUCAGAACAAAACCUGCAAAACUCCACCGGCGUAUCGACGGCUAGGACAGAAAAGAGCAAAGUGAAAGCUAAAAGAAGCAGACAGAGCCCAGAAAUGAGCAACAGCAAAAAAGUCAAAGUGUCUCAAGCAGAAGAACAUCCCAGUAACCCUGCAGCACGACUCUCCUCCAAGCCAAGUAGUUCACAAGAAGCCUGCUGUCCUGAGCCCAUGGACACAAGUGAGUCCCCCUCCAAGAACAAAAAUGUCCUUAGUAAAAAGAGGAGUUCAGAAGAUCUAACAGGAAAGGCGGCGGAAGAAAACAAAGGUUCUACCACUGGUCUUGAAGAUGGCAGCAGCAAAGACGGCAAACCCAAGAAGGGCAUCAUCUUUGAGAUCCGCAGUGAGGACGGCUUCCAUAUCCGCUGUGAAAGCAUUGAAGAGGCCUGGAAGUCGCUGACUGAUAAAGUACAGGAAGCUCGUUCUAAUGCCAAAUUGAAGAAAGUGUCCUUUGAAGGCUUGAACGGACUAAGGAUGCUGGGAGUCGUCCACGAAGCUGUCUUGUUCCUGUUAGAGCAGCUGUACGGCACCAGGCACUGUCGCAGCUACCGUUUUCGUUUCCACAAACCCGAGGAAACCCAGGAACCUCACAUCAACCCUCACGGCUCAGCGCGGGCAGAGGUCCACCAAAGGAGGUCUGUUUUUGACAUGUUCAAUUUCUUGGCCUCAAAACACCGCCAGCCUCCGGAGUACAGGCCGCAAGGAGAGGAUGAGGAGGAAGGACAGCUGAAGACUGCCAGACGUGCAACCAUGGAACUGCCGCUCGCUGUGAGGUUCAAACAACUCAAGGCCACCUCCAAGGAAAUAAUUGGCGUCUACAGAUCUCCAAUCCAUGGCCGAGGUCUGUUCUGCAAGAAAACCAUUGACGCGGGUGAGAUGGUCAUCGAGUAUUCCGGGAACGUGAUCCGCUCCGUGCUGACAGACAAGCGGGAGAAAUACUACGACGGCAAAGGGAUCGGCUGCUACAUGUUCCGCAUCGACGACUACGAGGUGGUGGACGCCACGGUGCACGGCAACGCCGCCCGCUUCAUCAACCACUCGUGCGAGCCCAACUGCUACUCGCGGGUGAUCGCGGCCGACGGCCAGAAGCACAUCGUCAUCCUGGCCUCCCGCCGCAUCCACCCCGGCGAGGAGCUGACGUACGACUACAAGUUCCCCGUGGAGGACGCCGGCCACAAGCUGCCCUGCAACUGCGGCGCCAAACGUUGUCGCAAGUUCCUCAACUGACCCGCCUGUGCCGGUUUGUACCACCUUUGAAUAUGCAGAGGAGGAGGAGGGGCCAUCAAUUCCCUGUGCCUCCUUUUCGUGUCACGUCACUCCUUGAUUUCCAAUUCGACCGACUCGUUCUUACAUGGCCGAGCCUCCUUCACUUUAAGAUGUGUCACUGGUGGAACCUUACAACGAAAAUCAAAGAACUCGGUUCCACUUUACACCAAAGUGCAAUUUGUUGAAGGGAACAGAAAAAGACUAGAAUUGGUUUUGCGGUGUGCAGGGAAGCCUGCUUUUCUGCACACUUCUCCCAUAUCUCCCCGUGUGAAUGUGCCCUGAUGCCUUCACAACCACGGUGACGUGACCCGCUCACCUCACCUGACCCCCAUUUAUCCGAUUAGAGCGUUGUGGAGCGAGCAAGGCAGCUUGAGAUUCUGGUGGACUGACAGCCAAGGACCGCCCGUCCCACCCGAGACCCUACUGACGUGCUUUAGUAGACAUAUUUAUUCCUAUUUGUUUGUCGAGAAAGUGCGCGUCGAUUUUGUUGCAAAACGACAGCGGCAAAGAGAACCAAACAAACAAGGCGCCCUUGAAUUGAUAUUUUAUGGGACUAUUAUGAAAAUGUUCGUAUUUGUAUUUAGUUUUCUGUCUUUUUUUAUUGGGACGAGCAAAUGUCACGCUUUUUAAAGAAUAAAUGUAUAUAAUGUAUAUUUUUCUACAGUGGAGAAAAAGCACUCACUAGUGAAUAGCACUUAUUGAUGGUAUUUAUAUUUUUUUAAAACAAAUCAUAUUUAUUUUGAUGCCAUUUUUUGUAGAAACUAGAGGUUUACAAACACUAAUGCGCGCUCUGUUUUGUACUCCGCUGCCUUUUUUUUUUUUUUUUGCUUUGUUUUUGUAAUCUGAAUGUUUUUGUUUGAUUCCAAAGACUGACGCCGGUCUGUGGUUUGGUCCAAAUUGGCUUCUUCAGUCCACCAGAAGCUCUUCUCUUCUGGGCUCAUGUGAAAUACUACUUUGAUGAUGAUUAUGCACUUGGGAGAGGUUGGCUGAUGGUGGAUGCUUAGCUGAUAUCUCCUCUCCCCAGCCUUACUGUCUCCUCACUACAGACUCAAAUAUCAACACGCUUCAUCUCACAUCUGACUCAACUCUGCUUUGUUAUCAGGGAGGUGCCUUUUGUUUAUGUUCAUGCUCCAUGCAGCUUAACAAGGAGUAUUAGGACCACACUGAAAAGAAAACUACUUUCUUCCCUUUAAAGUACGGCUUUUUUUCCUUGCAGUUUUACCACUUAGUUUCAAAAUGUUACUAUUUAUCCUCUGCAGGGUUACAGCUUUAUUUUCUUAAAAUUAAUUGUCCUUUUAAAGAUCACAUUCUCCUAAAGGGAAUGAUUUAUUCUUGUAAUAUUAACAUACAAAUUUAUUUUUGUAAACAUUUGACAUUAUUCUCAUAAAAAGACUUUGUGCCAUAUUACAACUUUAUUCUUAUAAAUCUGUGCUUUUUCACUUGAAAUAUAAUAUAUGACGUUAUUCUCCUACAAUGAUGACUUUUUGUUUAGAUUAUGAAUACAUGUACCGUUACGCAACUAGAAAUUAGGCUUUUUAGUCAUUAAAAUUUACCCUGCAAUAUUUGGACUUUCUUGUAAUACAACUUAAACAACAUAAAAUCACAACUUUGUCAUGAUAAAAUAGUAUGACUUGUUCUUGUAAUAUUAGUUUACUAUAACUCAAGUGUCAUGAAAUCGCCACUUUUUUUUCUCUAAUUAUGACUUUAUUCUUCUGAUAUACGGUAUUUCGUCUUUUAUCUUGUAAUAUUACGGCUUAACUGUCACAAACUGCAACCUAUUUCUUUACAAAGGAUUUUUUUCUUGUAAUAUUUCAAGUCAAACAUAAAAUCACAACAUACAGUAUCUCCUCAUAUUAUGACUUGACUUUUUUCUCCAAAUAUUACAACUUUGUCAUAAAAUCGCAACUUAAUUCCUCAUAUUAUAACUUUAUUAUCCUAACAUACAUUAUGACUUUUUCACUCGGAAUAUUACAACUUUUUGUCCAAAUGUUAUGAUUUUGGCAUCAAAUAUAUUGUAUCUUUUUGUUUGUAAUAUUAUGACUUUAUCAUAAAAUUGCAAUUUUAUUCCUCAUACUUCACAAUAUUGUGAAUGUCAUAAAAUAUGAUUUUUUUCCCCUCAAAAUAAAAUGACUUUACUAUAAAUGACUACAAAUCUGAAUUUAUGUUACAACUUAUUUGGAAAUACAGAAAUGAUGACUAUCGUCAUAAUAUACAGUAUUAUGACUUUUUAAAUUUUUAAUAUUACAAUUUUAACUUCAUAAAAUUACAACCUUUCCCCUCAUAUCACGACUUGACUUUUUUUCUCCAAAAAUGUUAACUUUAAUGUCAUAAAAUACUACUUUUUAUAUACCAUAUUGCAACUUGAACGUCAUGAAACUGCAACAUUUUCCAUCAUAUUACAACUUGGGUUUGUUUCCUUCAAAUAUGACUGAAAUUGUCAUAUUAUACAGUAUUAUCACUUUUUCCUACAAAUAUAACUUGAAUGUCAUAAAAUAGUAUUACAACUUUAAUGUAAAAAAACUGCAAUUAUUCCCCUCAUAUUACAAAUUGGACUUGUUUCCCCAAAUAUGAGGGAAUUGUUAUAAUAGUAUUAUGACCUUUUAAAUAUGAUAUCAUAAAAUCUCAACUUUCUCCUUCAUAUUUUGACUUGACUUUUUUUCCCUACAACUAUUCUAACUUUAUUGUCAUAAAAUACAACUUCUUAUUUGUCAUAUUUCGACUUGAACUUAUGGGCUUUAUUGUCAUACAUACAAAAGGCCUAUUAGGAUGUUUUUCUUGUAAUAUUACAACUUGAACGUCACAUAUAAUAUUUCUAAUUUGACAACCUAUUAUUGCAACUUUUUCUAUUAACUUUACAAAGUGAUUUGUCAUUCAAGAUGUAUUUUUUCUUUUCAGUGUCUUAUUACUCCUUAGUGCUCAUCAGUGUUAAAAAAAAGAUACAUUUCUUGUAUUAUGACUGUCAUCCAUUAGCAGUGACUCCCAUGCUGCCCCCUACUGGUCAAAGCCCUUAACAACAACAACAUGUAGUAGUACUGCUUUAAGUGAGGGUCUAAAAGCAGGCUGCUAAGGUCAUUAAUGAAUGUAAUAAUCCUACCUUCCGUCUGUGGACGUGCUUUUCCGUUGCCGUGCCGACACUCCCGAUGAACGCGGGCGAUGGUUUUCGGUUUUAUCUCAACAACACGACGAGUCUCGGGGCUGUCAAGGGCUCCGGUCUAACAGAUCUCACCAGUCGAGGCCCACUUCCGCAGCUCGUGGGUCCAAAUCUUCGGACUUCAUUUCCUGUGGAGGGGCGGUCACAGCAGUGCCCCCUCCCCUCUCUGUAAUUAUAGUAUAAAUACAUGACAAUAUUAUACAGACACAUGCAUAGUCUUGUGCUUUAGUAUUCUAUACCAUAUAUGGAAUGGACAGACGAACUUAGUUACAGUAGCAAAUGAAAAAAUAAUAAAAAAACAGCCGAUGAUUCUAAUAGCAAUGUUUCAAUGUACUCUAUAAUGGUUUUGUGUUACAGUACUCUCAGAUAAACAAACUAACGUGCAUCGUUUCUUCUUUUUUUUUGUAUAAUGGGAUAUCCAGUACCAGUUUUUGCUGUGCCUGUGAAUGCACCUUGGUCACAAAAAGGAGCAUUUUGCAGUUAUUCUUAGUUUUUCCGCAAAAAGGAUCAGUUGAAAAUGUGUUGAGACGUCAGUGUGUUCACGUGCUUGUCGUUGUUCUCAUCGUAUGUCACAACUUACUUGAUGUGCUGUUCAUGCGAAACACUGACUACCGCCUUCCAAAAUGGCCGUUUUCAGUUGUACGUAUCAUGUACUGUUUUUGUUUUUCAAUAUUAAUGCUGAACGUUUAAUUUAUUGAAGAGACUUUGAAUGACGAGAGAGGUCAGGAUGGCCUGUGGUGGUUUAAACAGCAGAAACAACUUUUGUCUUAUCGGUAACCCUCUUUUGUCAACAUCAUCAUUCUCAUCAUUCUCUCCCAGCAAUGAAGGAAAGCCACCACGGAGAAAGAAAUGGAAAAGAAAAAAAGAAACCACAAACUAGCUUAACUCGCUUGAAUGUAUAAUGAGGAAACAAAGUUGUAUAUAAUGUGUAAAAAGAAAAGUUUCUAAUCAUGUUUAUUUUCUAUGCACUUUUUUUAUUUAAGUGAUAGUUUCAAUAAUAAACAUGUCUCCUUUA